UCUCUAUAAUCACAACAUUACUUAAGUCUUCUUUCUAAGCUUGUCUUCAUUAAAGAAUAUUACUAUGAUUAAUGUUCGCCUUCCUAUUAUCAUCUCUUCGGUCUUUGUCCUUUUCUUUAUUUCGUCGUCCCUUUUGUUUGGCGCUACACCUAGUUAUGCAGCUAGAGUAGGUCACUCUCUGGUGCAAGAAGAGGUAACAAAGAUACCAGAAUAUAAAGAGCCUGAGGAGCUGGAGAUUCCAGAAGAGCAGGAGUUACCGUUGCCAGACGAGCCUGAGAUUCCAGAAGAACCAGAGAUUCCGGAAGAGCCUGAGGAGCCUGAAGAGCCGGAGGAACCAGAGGAGCCAGAAGGGCCAACAUUUCAAUUUCCGUCAUGGAUUCCGAGCUUCCCUUUUCCUGGUAAUAGUGGCGGUUUUCCAAAGACUGAAAAGACAAAACCUACAUCAACUGUUGAAGAGGUGAGCGGUUCGAACAAGAAGCCAUAGAUCAAUGGCUGAAGAAUGUAAAAAGGGUUGCAUCUCUCUAGUGAAUACUCUUCCUCUUGAUUUGAACUUAUAGUUACAUAUGUAAGUAUAUAUGCAAUAACACUAUAACAGUUUCGUUUGUGUUCAAUAAUUAAUCAAAGAUGAGAGAGUACUUAUGUAUUAGGCUUUCAUGUCAUGCAUGUUGGAAUCUCUAACGCUUCUUUAUAUAAUCUUGGACUCUGGUAACGACAUGUAUGUCUCUUUGUGGUACAAAAGUUACAUUGAACUAGCUAUAAUGUAAUGUAAGAUAAUUAAAUGAUUAAGGCUAUUAAUUAAUGUGUCAA